AUGUCAAAAACCUCAUCUCCACCACAGUACGUUAAGCUUAUAAGCUCAGACGGUUUCGAGUUCAUCAUCCAAAGGGAGGCAGCGAUCAUCUCGGGAACUAUUGGCAAUAUGCUAUCAAGACCCGGACAAUUCCUGGAAUCCGAACGUAAUCAAAUUCGUUUUCGAGAUAUCAACGCCGUGAUCUUGGAGAAAGUCUGCCAGUAUUUGUAUUAUAAACUUCGGUACACUAAUUCCGUGACCGAAAUACCUCACUUUAAUAUUGAUCCCAUUUUAUCACUGGAAUUACUCAUGGCAGCCGAUUUUUCUGGAUUGUUAGGAAUUGUGAAAUGA